UGCAGGGCGGCUGAAUUCUUGCAGUGGUUGUUCCACGCCUUGGCCAUGUCAUCGAUACUGCCAUUUACCCCACCUGUUGUAAAGAGGCUGCUGGGGUGGAAGAAAUCUGCCGGCGGUUCAGGCGGUGCCGGUGCCGGUGAACAGAACGGCCAGGAGGAGAAAUGGUGCGAGAAGGCGGUGAAGAGCUUGGUCAAGAAGCUCAAGAAGACCGGGCAGCUAGACGAGCUUGAAAAAGCGAUCACCACUCAGAACUGCAAUACAAAAUGCGUUACAAUACCAAGCACUUGCUCUGAAAUUUGGGGACUGAGUACACCAAAUACGAUAGAUCAGUGGGAUACAACAGGCCUUUACAGCUUCUCUGAACAAACCAGGUCUCUCGAUGGCCGCCUACAAGUGUCUCACCGUAAAGGAUUACCACAUGUCAUUUACUGCCGGUUGUGGCGCUGGCCUGACCUCCACAGUCACCACGAACUUAAGGCAAUUGAGAACUGUGACUAUGCUUUUAAUCUUAAAAAGGACGAAGUGUGCGUAAACCCGUACCAUUACCAGAGAGUGGAGACUCCAGUUCUGCCUCCCGUCUUAGUGCCACGACAUACCGAGAUCCUGACCGAACUUCCGCCACUAGACGACUAUACCCAUUCCAUUCCCGAAAACACUAACUUUCCAGCCGGCAUCGAACCACAGAGCAAUUACAUACCAGAAACGCCACCGCCUGGUUAUAUCAGUGAAGAUGGAGAAACAAGCGACCAGCAGUUGAACCAAAGCAUGGAUACAGGAUCCCCAGCGGAGCUGUCUCCCAGUACUCUGUCGCCUGUCAAUCACAGCCUGGACCUUCAGCCGGUUACCUAUUCAGAGCCUGCGUUCUGGUGCUCAAUAGCGUAUUAUGAAUUGAACCAGAGAGUGGGGGAGACCUUCCACGCAUCGCAGCCUUCGCUUACCGUAGACGGCUUUACAGAUCCAUCGAACUCCGAAAGGUUCUGCCUAGGUCUGCUUUCCAACGUUAACAGAAACGCCACCGUGGAAAUGACAAGACGGCACAUAGGAAGGGGUGUGCGUUUGUAUUACAUCGGCGGGGAAGUUUUUGCUGAGUGCCUAAGCGACAGCGCCAUCUUCGUCCAGAGCCCCAAUUGCAAUCAGAGAUACGGGUGGCAUCCUGCCACCGUGUGCAAAAUCCCACCAG